AUGUUUGGGCCAUACCCUCAAACACUUAUUUCUUCGUCUUUUCGACAUUACCCUAUAGCGGAAGCCCUGCUAGCCCAAGUACUGGGGCCUACAGUGUCAGUUGCUAUUGUCAGUGCAGUCAUGGAAAAGACAUACCGAAGAAACACAUAUCAGUAUAAAUUAAAAGACUCUAAGACCGAUGAAUUGAGGAAGCUCGGCGAAUUUCUGGUUGAAGAUUACCGAGUAGCCUUCAAGAAAGCCUAUGGUAACCUGUUGGGAGUCCUAUCUACUAAAGAAGACGAAGGACUGAUAUUCAUAUUCGCACAGUUCUAUGACCCUACAUUACACUGUUUCACAUUCCAUGACUUUCUUCUAGCCCCCACGUUAGAAGAGUUUGCUCACUUGCUACAAUUGCCAGGCCUUCCGUCUAAGUUCCAGUUCGAGAAUGCCACUGUGUUUGCCAACAGUGGAAGUUGGGACGCCUUUUAUGCCAGCUUUGCACUACUCAUUUACGGUCCGGUACUAUUCCCGAGUGUUGAAGGUUUCACUGAUAAGACCGUCAUCACCAUCUUCAUCUCCCAGAACCUAGUUCCUACAUUACUAGCUAAUGUUUUCUUCUCUUUCCAUUGGAGAAACAUGAAGAAGGGUGGAACUAUCAAUUGUUGCAUUCCCCUGCUUCAUAAGUGGAUCAUGUCCCACUUACCGAAGAAAGGGUCGUUUGUUGAUAAUGUGGGUGCUUUGAAAUGGUCACAAAGGUUGAUGUCGUUAGAUGCCGAAGACGUCGUUUGGUAUAGCCAUGAUUAUUUAAGGGUAGAGUUGAUCUUCCGAUGUGAGGAGUUUCCGAAUGUUUCGCUCGUCAUCACAAAAGGGGGUUUGAUCAACUAUAACCAUGUUCUCUCAUUGCGUCAAUUGGGGUAUCCACUUAAGCAGAAGCUUGAAAACCGCAUAUUGGAAGAACUACUUUUAGCUGAAGGGGUCGAAAAUAUGGAUCUGAUGAAGAAGGUGCGCAGAGCCUGGGGAAAGAUACAACGUAUUGGAAAGAAAGAAUUGGGAAAAUAA